CGGCGCGGCUGGGUCCUCCUCCUGCCCCCCCCCGGCGCUCCCGCCCUCGCACACUCCUCUCUCUCUCACGGCCGUCCGUCCGUCCGUCCGUCCUGUCGGCACCUCGCCCGCCCGGCGCACACACGCAACCCCCCGGCGCCCCCACAUCAUGCUGCCGGCCGCCGGCACGGCAUGGACCCCGGCGGCGGCUGCACGGCUCCUCUCCGCUGCUGAGACCCCCCUGAGGAAAGGAAAAAACAAAACCAACGAAAAGGAGAAGUCGAACUCUCAAAGGGUUACUAUGCAAUUGCGACUGCUUUCUUGGUUUUUUAUCACUUUGAACUUUAUGGAAUACAUUGGCAGCCAGCACGCCUCCAGGGUACGGCGACAGGGAAGAAUGCAUCCUAACGUGAGCCAGGGUUGCCAAGGAGGGUGUGCUACAUGUUCGGACUACAACGGAUGCCUGUCAUGUAAGCCCAGACUCUUUUUUGUUCUGGAGAGGAUCGGCAUGAAACAGAUUGGAGUAUGUCUUUCCUCGUGUCCAAGCGGAUACUAUGGGACACGGUAUCCUGAUAUUAAUAAGUGUGCAAAAUGUAAAGCUGACUGUGAAACCUGCUUCACCAGAAACUUCUGCACGAAGUGUAAAAGUGGGUUUUACUUGUACAGUGGAAAGUGCCUUGAAAAGUGCCCUGAUGGGCUGGAAGCCAACAACCACACGAUGGAGUGCGCUAGUAUCGUGCACUGUGAAGCUAGUGAGUGGAGUCCAUGGAGCCCUUGCACAAAGAAAGGAAAAACAUGUGGUUUCAAAAGAGGAAAUGAAAUAAGGGUCAGAGAGAUCGUACAACAUCCAUCAGCAAGGGGCAAUCCUUGCCCAGCUACAAGCGAGAGCAGAAAAUGUAUUGUACAAAGAAAGAGAUGUCAGAAGGAAGGAAAAGGAUAUACCUCAUGAGGAGAGAAAUGUUAGAAGGAGGAUGUUAUGAAGCAGAGAACUUCAGGUGCCUCUCCCUCACUGAAGAACUGUCUAGAUUGACCGAUUUAUGGGAACCUAUGGGGCAGAUUUCACCUUCCUGAGGUUGAUUCAGCCUCCCUGUGUCUAGCAAUGCCUUGGAGAGAGGUAGAGCAGUGUGGCUGCCUCAAGGGAGCAGCCAAGGCAAACUAUUUACAGAUUCCCUCAUUCUUAAGACUCUAUCUUCAAAAUGUCCGUGAAGAUUAACACUUCUGCUCCUGCACAGCAGCACAGCUUGAAAAACUCAGCCCUGUUAGCCCACUGUAACUGGACAAAAGGUGUAAUUUUUUUAAUACCGGUUACUUUUGCUAGAGCUGAAAAUAUAAUUCCAUACUUUAAUUUUGAAAUUGAAAACUGUUGGUUUUCUUUGAGGUGAUAAUGAUGUCGUGUAUUUGUCAUGGCAAUUUGGCAACAUCUUCAGAUUGGACAAAAUAUUUCUUUUUGAGAAAUAUUUGCUGUUCUUGUGUAGUAAGUACUUUAAAAGAAACUCCUCAUGUAUUUUACUGUCAGUUCUUGUUUUAUGGGACCUUAGCCAAGCCAUAUUUGAAAAAUACUGCAUACCACAAGAAUUCCUUUAAAAUUGUGAAUUGUCUUUUUUCCUGCAAUAUGCAUAAAACUGUUUUGUUUUUCUUCCUCUUGAACAAGUCGCAGACUACAUCCUAGCCUGUUCUACUCUUGGUAGACAAUUCCUAAGAAACAAAUGCAGCCAGAUGUAGUAACCUAUAUUCCAACACUACCUGUGCCCUUAGGAUUUGCAUGUCUAUGGCUGAGAGUUUUUUUUUUUAGUGUUCUGAAAUCCACCA